GCAUAAGACUGGGGAGGGGCAUAGCCUCUGGUUAGCCCCUCCUGGGCUGUUGAUAACACAUGCAUGCACUGGACAUCCCCCGAAACAGAGGCUAAACACACUUGCUAUUUUCUCGCAGAGCUCCCUGCCUUCUUCACUGACAACGGACUUGGGAAAUGUCCAAGGUCUCUUAUCUGAUGUUCUUGAAUGACCCACGCCAUCAGUUACACUGACUUCAGGAAAUGAGGCUCCCUCAAACCCUUCCACUCACCCUUCUCUUCCUGAGCUGCCUGGAAAGCAGCACUGGCAGGAAAAGCAAAGAAAGUAAUGAAAAAGCAAAACUUGCUUCUGCCUGGGCACAAUCUGGGCAGUUCUCCACCCGGGACAAACACCUGUGCACUUGGCAGCUGAUCACCAAGGAAGCAGCCGCUGAAAUAGAGCUUAGCUGCCACCUGCCUGAAGAGGACAUCAACCAGGGCCAGCAGUGUGUCUAUCGGGGCCAGCCAGAGUUAUGCUCUGCCUACAGCUCCAAAGGUCGUCAAUUCUGGAAGCAGAUCCUGGGCAAGCUACGCAAGAAGCACCACCCCUGCCGGGACAGCAGCCCGCUCAAAUCCCGGCUUUGUAGUGGCAAGAAGGGGGGAUCUGAAGCACAGCUACACCUGGUCACUGCCACUCCCAGCACAGAAGCCCCAGUGGCUACUGCGAGUCCUGCUAAAGUGAAACCCAAAGGGAAGGCCCAGGCCAAGGACCCACCAGCAGUGGAGAAAGCGGCCAGGGAUCAGGUGCUGCCCCAUCCAGGAAAGACACAUCCUCCAGAGAAGCGGAACAAAGGAGGGAAGAGAAAAGGAAACUCCAGUUCCUCCAUGGCCCCAACCCAACCACCAAAUUGGCACUCUACAGCAGCCCUGGAAGGCACCGAGCAGCCCACCGAGCUCAAUGCUGACGUGGUAGAGGCCUACUGUGAGGAGAAGUGGCAUUCACUGUGUAACUUCUUUGUGAAUUUCUGGAACGGCUGAACUGGAAACAGGGGAAGAAAGAGGAGCAAACAGAGCUUGGAAAAGUGAACCUUUUUAUUUUGGACGACAAGAAUACCAUGUAGUGGUCAUGUACAGUUAUGCAAGUAGUAGUUGUCAUAGAACCCCAAUAUAGUAGUCAUGUUGCCUGGGGUAUUCUGCUAGCUGUAGUCCCAGAAAGUAAGUUUGCGAAGCUGGGGUGCAGGGGAGGGAGGGAAAAGGGAAAGCACUGUAUGGUAGAGGCUAGGAAAAGAUAGGCCUGGACAGCAAAUGGUGCAGGAAAAUGAAGGCGGGACUAAUGAAGGAGCAGGUGAGAGGCAGGCUUCAGAGUGUCAACAGAACAUGAGUAAAGAUUUGGGAUAGUAAGGGGAAUGGUACAUCAACAGGGCUUGAUGGGACAUACAACUUUACUCACUGCUACUAAUCCUGCAGCUGCUGCUAAUAAAGCCAUGAAGGCUGUGGACUAAGUGGCAGAGAGUGGGGGUGGUUUGGAGUUCACACAAAAGCCAUACCUUUCCUUCCACGCUAGACAAGCCACAGUCGUAAUUAAACUGCUCAGCUGCCUUAGACUUGUCUUCCCCACUGAUAAUAAAGUAGUGAAUCCCCAGUUAAUAGAAGAUAUUUGUGGGUAUCAUGUCUAAAUCACUCGUGAAGUUCUAGCUUCUGUAUCUAGAAAAUAUCUGAUUUCCCCUGUGUGAUGGUGUAGAUGCUACUGGAUCUAAUCAUUCUGCUAAUGAUAAUAAUAAACACCAUUGUUCUACAGUAA